AUGCUUCAGCCAGUUGCUCCCGAACCUAUCUUUGAAAUGAAUGAAAGCGAAUAUCUAGACGACUUUGCCCUAGAUAUCUUUGGUCAACAGGGUACGCCGGUCUACACCCAGAUAUGCAUGAUCUAUUCCCUUCCAGACGAAUCACCAAUAUGGUACUCCAGUACAGAUAUCAUAGAUGUCUUGCACGCAGGGCUUGAACGGCUUUCUGCCAGUUUCCCUUGGGUCGCUGGACAAGUUUGCAAUGACUAUGUUGCGACUGGGAACUCUGGUAUCUAUAAGAUCAAGUACCUGGACGAGGUGCCCAGGUUGACAGUCAAAGACCUUCGCGGCAAUUCAGGGUUCCCGACCAUGGAGGAAUUGAGGAAAGGGGGAUAUCCGUUCAGGUUCUUGGAUGAAUCGGUGAUUUGUCCACAUAAUACUCUGAUAUUACCCCGGACCGAGCUGCUCCCCGUGUGCCUUGUUCAAGUGUCGUUUAUCGAAGGAGGCUUGAUAUUUACAUUUUUGGGACACCAUGCGGUUAUGGACGGGAUUGGCCAAGGCGUUAUUAUGAAGCUUUUGGAUAAAGCUUGUCGGAAGGAACAGUUUACGGAUGAUGAAAUUAUGAUUGGAAAUGCACCGAGGAAAGAUAUUAUCCCGUUGUUAGACGAUGCCAUUGAAGUUGGACCGGAGUUAAGUCAUCAACUGUUCUCAUCUUUGGCGUCUGCACCACCCCCACCGCCUCCACCAGUCGCCAAGGGUGCGAAGCCAUCGGGGCCACCUAAGGUGUUUUGGGCGUACUUUGUUUUCAGCGGAAAGGCGUUGGAGGAGUUGAAGAGCUUGGCGUCGGAAUCGCUUACUGGAGGUUAUACCUCAACCGACGAUUGUUUGACGGCUUUCAUCUGGCGGUCAGUUACACGAGCAAGACUUCAUCGGUUAAGGCCUUCCGAUAAGGUCACUCUCGCUAGAGCUAUCAAUGUUCGAUCGUUUCUUAGUCUUCCGCUCAACUACCCCGGCCUGGCGACGAACAUGACAUACCACAAUUCCACAACCGAACAACUCACGGGUCACGACUUAGGCAGCAUCGCCACCAACCUUCGUGCUGAGAUUGACCCAAAGACAUCGAAUUUGACGCAUAUGACUAAAGCGUUUGCUACGUAUCUCGAUAGAGCGGAAGAUAAGACCUCUAUAAACUUAACCGCGACGCUGGAUUUUUCGAAGGACAUCGCGUUAAGCUCUUGGGCGAAGUUGGACACUUAUGAUUUGGAUUUUGGGUUCGGAGUUGGGAAACCGAAGGCCGUGAGGAGGCCGCAAUUUACACCAAUGGAAGGGUUGAUGUACUUGAUGCCCAGAAGCAGCGAUGGGGAAAUUGCAUUGGCAUUAUGUUUGAGAGAGGAGGAUAUGGAGAGGUUGAAGAGUGAUGAAGAAUUUGUGAGAUAUGGAAAGUAUGUGGUGUAA